UAACGUGCACUUCUAAGUCGAAUUCUAGAUAUAAUCGGUUCGUGGUUCUUCUAGAAUGUUCUCCUCCGUCCAGCAUCGCCCUGUGUGUAACAUGGGGGCCACAGCUGUCCGACUGCAACGCUUUAGCACUUUUAAUCAAACUGGUGCGAUAAGUAGCAAAUCGUUGAGUUUCUCGUGGCUGGGUGAGCGCGCGGGCCUGCUGAUGUCAUGGCUCCAAAAAGCAGGAAGGGGAACGAACAAACUGGCCUCCGACAAUAAGAAGAAGGAGAGACUAUUGUCUCUAUUCGCCAGCCACUGUAGUUUUGUGACAGGCCAGAGGCUGAGAAGGGCUCUUCAGAUAGGAGAGCUGUACUCAAACCUGUACUCGGAGAGAAGCAGGUGGACGCUCGUGGGCAGCAUAUGGCGGCGCCUGCAGAGCAAGCACGCUCCCGCGGGGAAGCUCAUCGCGGCUCUGGCUGGAGUCUUCAUGUGGGAAGAAGAGAAGAUCCGAGAUGAUGAGCUGAGAAGGUGUGCAUGGGAGCUGCAGGCCAUGGAGUCGGUGAGGAGCCAGAAUGUGACCCCAAAGACAGCCGCGUAUGUGGAUCCAGGCUGGGAGGUGGUCAUGGAGAAGAAAAACUUCAGAGUUUGGAGGAGACCUAUCCAGGGUAGCCAUCUUUUUGAAUACAGAGUGUUUGGUUCAUAUACAGACGUCACCCCCCGGCAGUUCUUCAAUGUCCAGUUGGACACAGAGUACAGAAAGAAGUGGGACGCACUGGUUAUCAAACUGGAAGUGGUGGACAGGGAUGUCAACACAGGCACCGAGGUCGUUCAUUGGGCGACUCAUUUUCCAUAUCCUAUGUACUCCAGAGACUACGUCUAUGUGCGCCGUUAUCACAUCGAUGUGGAGAACAACUUAAUGAUGUUAGUCUGCAGAGCUGUUAAACACCCCAUUGUCCCAGAGACCCAGGAAUUCGUCCGAGUGCACUCUUACCAGUCUAAGUUGGUCAUCCGCCCACACAGGUCAUUUGAUGAGAAUGGCUUUGACUACCUGCUGACCUACAGCGACGAUCCCCAGACGGUCUUCCCUCGCUACUGCGUCAGCUGGAUGGUGUCUAGUGGCAUGCCAGACUUCCUGGAGAAGCUUCACACCGCUGCUCUCAGAGCUAAAAACAUGGACUUCUGUGUCAAAGACUACGUCAGCGUCGUAAAGCCUACCCAGCCCACACAAGACCGACUAGGAGCUGACAACGCUCACACCAGAGGCCCAAGCCAGAUCUACGCCUGAGCGUCUGGCUGCAGCGAUUGACGUACUGUGGCAAAAUGAACCUGAUCCGAAUAUUUGUUUUGUUGUGGGGUCAUUAAUUGAAGCCACAAAGAGAUCCGAACCACCGAUUCCCAAAAUUCAUUUAUGCCAUUUGACCAACUGCACUAGCUGUCAAACUAAGCACUCGCAUCCCUCACUUUUCGUGCUGUUAGUUUACUUCCUCUUUCUGUAGGGUGCAUCUAUAUGAGAUGAGCCAAAAUAACGCUGUUAUUAAUCGUAGACGCUCAUACCAAAGCAGCAUUUUACUGCGCAUUUCUGUGUCUCACGAUCAUCAGAAUAGAUUGUGCAGUUGAAAUGCAGAAAAACAUCUGGAGAACAGUGUACACGCCCUACAAGCUUCAAGUUCAGGAAGUUGCUUCUGCACAAAGCCACGUAUGUUUCUCUCUUCUCUUUUCGUGGGUUCUUUUCUCCAGCUUAUACUGUGGUGAACUGCUCUCGGCAGAACCGGAUUGAGACCCCAUCGUCCUCAUUUACUGUGUUGAAUGUUCAUUGCCAGUAAAACCCAAACAGCCUUCAUGGGAUCACCAAAACCUGCUCUGGAAACAAAAGAGAGGCGUGUCUUAUGUGAACCGCAACAUCCUCACGAACUGGCUGGACUUCCUCC